GACAAAGCAUGAUCUGAGCAGCGCUGUCCUGGGAGGUAUAAGAGUGUUUUAACGCAAUAUGGAGAGCUGGCACUGUUUGCUGCUGCUGUGCACACUAAGUUUAGUGCUGGCCUCUGGAGAGGUGACGAAAAAUGAUGAUGACAUCGACCUUGUCAGCUUUCUGAGAAGUAUCUACCCUGGGCUGCUGGUGAGAGACGAGCCGUCCAUCAUCAACAGAGAAUUAGAGAUAAACUCCCUCAAGGAGCUGAGACGCCCUGAGAUCCUCUCAAUCACAGCGCAAACCAAGGACGAACCAGUCAAUCAGGAAACAAAUGGGACUCCUGGACCUGUGGUGUUAACCAAAGAUGGUCAGAUCAAGGGAGUUACAACAGACAAGGCCCACAUAUUCUAUGGGGUACGCUAUGCAGACCCACCUGUUGGGGCUUACCGCUGGAAGCCCCCCAGACCUGUGAGUCCUUGGCCAGGGAUUUAUGAUGCCUCCUUCCCCAGAGCAGCAUGCAUGCAGGCCUGCACUGGACCCAUCACUGAAGAGUGUCCUCGGACAGUCAGUGAGGACUGUCUCUACCUCAACAUCUUUGUCCCCGUGGAUGUGAUCUUCGGCUCCCCGCUGCGGAACCCACUUCCUGUCAUGGUGUGGAUCCAUGGUGGGGAUUUCAUUGCAGGUUCUGCCUCAAAGCCACUGUAUGAUGGACGCUUCAUCAGUAACUUCACCCAAACUGUCGUUGUAAGCCUGGAGUACCGACUGGGUGCCUUUGGGUUCCUCGUGUCUGGGAAAGAUCCUCACACCUCAGCUGUAGGGAAUUAUGGGAUCUUGGACCAGCAGGCGGCUCUUCUUUGGGUCCAACGGAACAUUGCUGUGUUUGGAGGUGAUCCCAGCAAGGUGACAAUAUUUGGGGAGAGUGCAGGUGCUCAGUCAGUGAGCCUUCACCUGAUGAUCCAGAGCAGCAAGCCUCUGUUUAAACAGGCUGUCCUGCAGAGUCUGCCCUUCUCCAUCCCUCUGAAGACCAGGCAUGACGCCCUGAAGCUGGGAAAAGACUUUGCUAAACAGACCAACUGCUCUGUGAGCAACAUCGUCUGCCUGCUGUCUCUCACUCCACAGGCUGUCCUGGCUGCCCAGAUGAAAACAAGCUCCAAGAUUGUGAAUCCCUUCAGGUUUCUGGAGGUUUUUGAGACGUGGGGUCCAUAUAUUGAUGGGGAGUUGAUAAAAGAGCAAGCUGUCACUGCCUUCCAGAAGGGCCACUGGCAGAAAGAGAAGCCAGUGCUGCUGGGCACAACCUCAGAAGAGGGGGUGAUCUUUGUGUAUGGUGUCUUCAAGAAGCCAGUUUCCGCAGUGGAAAGCACUGUGUACAUCACGGCCAUAUUUAAACAACAUGCGCUGCGGAUCCUGCACAAGUACCUGCCCCUGUACAGGGCGGCUGACCGCAGGGAUAUGCUAGCUCAGAUUGUCACCGACUACGUCUUCCUGUGUCCAUCCAGGAGGUCGGCGCGUGCUGGCACAGAAGCAGGCAGCGGGAUGUGGAUGUAUGUGUUCGACCACGUGGCGUCAGACCAUCGCGUAUGGUCAGGUCUAACUUUCUGCUACCAGCACGUCUGCCACGGUGCCGAGCUGCCUUUUCUCUUUGACUCUGCCUCGUUGGCCAACUUCACCCUGUCGCCGCCAGAGAAGCUGCUGUCCAAUCGGAUGCUGUGCUACUGGGGCGCCUUUGCUCACACUGGUGACCCUUCUUCGCGGGCCCAACAGACCACUUUCUGCCGGGAGCAGCGUCUGCCUGCUUGGCCACGUUAUUCUGACAACAGCGGCUGGCUGGUCAUGAACCUGACAGUGCGUUCGCAUGCACAAGUGGGAACCAGGAACCAUAUAUGUGACUUCUGGGACAAACUGGGAAUCUACUAGUCAGGGGAUAAGCACGGCAGGGAGGUGCUGGGUUGGUUUGCAUUGAAAUAAUAUCAAUACAUGCUGUUCUGUUUAUUACCUGGGGGUGGAAAGUCAGAGGCAAAAUUGUGCGGAGUGAAGUUGCAGUGUUCAUCCUGAAUUCUUUCAGCAAUAUUAAAUAUUAGCUUUUAGGAAUUGCUUGCAAGCAGCAGUUGUUUUUAUAAAUAGUCAACUUUUGGAAAGAAAAUGUCAUUUUUUUUUUAUUAUAUUUCUCUAGAAGCCUGUAGUGCUCGCUCUUUUUCAUGAAGCUAUGUGACACUACAGUAUGAACAUAUGAAAACAAUGAAAAAAUAGGAAACUUGCAGAAAAAAAUCUGUAUUUUUGCCACACAGUCUGUGUGUGUGCAAUACUUGCUGUUCGUGGUGAAUAUACAGCAUUGAAUCAGUAAUGAUUUAAUAAUCACUCCAGGGCCCCAUUCAACCCGACCACCACUGCCAAAGUCUCAGAAACAUUAUAGCUACACUAAUUUUGUUUUUACAUUAACAAUGUAAAAAAUGACUACAAGUAAUGAUACCCCCUCAGGUACAAGGAGCAUUUUGACAACUUUAAGCUAAUUAUUUAGGUCUGUCUCCAUCAACAACAGAUAUUUGUUUUCAGUGAAAGAGCUUUGGAAAAACCUUUCUGACCACUAAGAAACAAUGAUAACGCCUGGACUGGGUAAACACAUUUGAGCAUUUUGAAGCUAAAUGGGGGGCAGCCAUGGCCUAAAGGUUGGAGAAGCGGCUUGUGAUCGGAAGGUCGCCAGUUCGAUUCCCCCACAGGACGGGCAGUGUGGUCGAGUGAUUAAUGUGAAAAAUGCUCCCCCACUCCGUCAGCCAGCUGAUGUGCCUCUGAGCAAGGUACUCAACCCUCAAUUUGCCCCACUGCUCCUGUGUGUGUUUCACUGCAUGUAAUUUGCUGGGUGUUGCAUGUGUGUUCAACUAAGGAUGGGUCUAAUGUAGAAGACAAAUUCAG